CAGAUUGAGGAGGGGCGGGGGCUUAAAGAAGAACUCCCGGAGAGUCUCUCUGGCCCCGAGUGCCCGGGUUUCGCCGGCACCUGUCUACAGGCCCCUUGGCUUCAGUCGCCGCAAUGCUGCCUGCAGCUCCAGGAAAAGGGGGUGGGAGCCGGGACAGGCCCCCCUGCGGCCCAGUGCCCCCAGAAAAUACAAAAGACAUCCUAAUGAUAUAUGAAGAAGCUGCUGAAGAAUGGGCUCUAUACUUGAGGGAAGUUUUUUUACAUAUAGUGAAAAGGGAAGCAAUCUUGUUAUAUCGCUUGGAGAAUAUCUCUCUUCUGCAUUUGGAAUUGCUGAGUUUGAACUCUUACAGAUGUAAACUUUUAAUAUUAUCAGAUAGCCUGCUUGAAGACUUAAAUCCAGAGAAAUGUCAGUUUCUGGAAAAGGUACUGCAUUCACCAGAAAGUGUGGUUACUCUGCUGUGUGGAGUAGAGAGUUCAGAUCAGCUCUAUAAAUUACUGAAUAUCUCUAGAGGCAUAUUUGAGAUCUCAACUGAUCAGGAGCCAGAAGACUACAUCUCUGUAAUCAAGAGCGUCCUGUUCAGAGGUUCUGAGGGCUACUUUGAAGUCAACAUUCCAACAGACCUAAGAGGGGAAUAUUCUGUCGGAAUAAGUGAGAGGAAAGAAAUUGAAGAAUUAUCAGAAGCUUCAAGGAGCAGCAAACCACUGGCAAUGGUGCUUCCCUCUGAAAUUUCAUGUGAGAAUCCUGGUGAAAUAUUCAUUAUUUUGAGAGAUGGAGUAAUUGCUGAUACUGUGGAGGUUGAAUUUACAUCAAACAAUAAGUGCAUUAGAACACGGCCAGCCAUUUGGAAUAAGACAGUCUGGUGUAUGAAAGCUUUAGGUAAGAAUUUUUUAUGCUUUAAAAAUAUAUAAAUCAUCAUCUUGAGUUCUUUUCAAUAAAUUUAUGAUAAAUGAUUUCACUUCCCUACAGAAACUAAUAUUGUACUGCAGGUGUUUCCUGUGUUUAGUUUUGUCAUACACAAUGCUGUUAUUAUUAAUCUGGGUUCACAUAAGUAAGAAUAUUUAAUUAUGAGAAAUUAGGGUGAAUACCACGUGGUGAAAUGACAGCCAGUAACAUGUUUUUAAAUAUGUCAGCAGUGAGCACUUUAAUAUAUGUCAGCUAUUAAGUAUGGACCUACAAUUAUUUGUUUUAUUAUAACUUUAGGAUUAGCAGAUGUUUAAGUUUUUACUAUUAAACUUUCUUUUUUCCUUUUUCUUUUCUUUCUUUUCCUUUGCCAUGCCUCUGAGUAUAUUUUUGGUUAUUCUGGAAGGCAUAAUUCUUUUUCACUAUUUUAUCAUCUUGGUAUCAUUUCUAUAUGCAGUCUUUCCCUCUUUUCCUUAUUUCAUUUAUGAAGCUAUUCAUUUUAUUAUCCAGCUUUGGUUGAAGCAUGGUAAAUUAUAUCAGAUUCAAAAUUCCACAUGGAAUAUCCACACUUGCCACAAUAAUUGGGCUAAAAUAAAAAUGUAAAAGAUUAAUUUCUGAAUGUUUUAAGGCUACUUGGUUUUUGAAUUUACGAUGAGCUUUUACAAUCAACUAAUAAAAUGAUCUUUUAAAACUUCAUAAAUCUGUACCACAUAAAAUAUUUUAAAGUAAAAAGACAACCUGUCUUAUCAUAAAUUUGGAAAUUUAGUUAAAAUGCUUACAAUUAUAAAGUAUGUCAAAUGCUAUUAUGCUGUCAAUUUACAGAGCAUUUACAAACCUUUCCUACUGUGAUAUGCAAAGCAUGUGUCCCCUCUCUGGAUUUUCUUGCACAGUUUCGGUCAGAGUUGGAUUAUAGGAAGGAAAGACUCUACACCAAGCACUUAUAAAUAUUUUAGACACUGCUUCCUGUCAUGAGCAAGGAUAUGCAAGAAUGAGAUGAGAGAGAGCCCUCUCUGCCUCUUUUCUUUCUCUUCCAAGACACCCCUUCUUUCUGUCAUGUUUGAAAAUAAUGAACAAUAAUUUCUACCUGACUAGUUUCAGAAUUUAAGCUUAGUUAGACUAAAAUCACUACAGUAAAAAAAUCACAAAUUAAAAAAUUCUUAGGUGCUUAGUUAGACUAAAAUCACUACAGUAAAAAAUAAUAUCACAAAUUAAAAAAUUCUUAGGUAAUAUUUCACAGACAGAUUAAGAUGCUAAAUAGGAUUAUUCAUGUUAUUUAAUAUUUUAUGCUCAGUUUACCUAGUAGUGUAGAGCAGUUAUCUGGGUUCAGAUCCUGGCUCCUUCACUUACCAGCUAUGUAACCAUGGGCCAGUUACUUAAUUUCUCUUGCCUCAGUUUCCACAUCCGUAAAAUGAGAAUGAUAAUAGGAUUUAUCUUAUUGAGUUAUUUUUAGUAUUAAAUGAGAUAUUUUAUGCCAGUGCUUAAAAGAGUCUCUAACAUGUAGUAAACAUUCAAUAAAUAUCAGUUAUUUUUUUACAAUUCUCAUUCUCUUCUGAACAUUGAAAGAGUGAUACACACACACACACACACACACACACACACACAAUU